CUGAGCCCCCGCCUCCCCGCGCGGGCGGCGCGUGCGGACUCGCAGCGGCGGCGCGGCCGGGCUGGAGAGCUUGCGGCACAUCGGUGGUAUCAAGGCUAUUUUCAGCAGAAGUUUCAAUCUCUAGUUGAAAACAUACAGCUUUACCAAGUGUUCAGUGCAGUCUGAUCCUUUGGGAUGAGAUACUGCUGAAAAUUGCUGGAACACUCAUGAACUUAGAUGUGAAGUUCUUCACAUGGCCUGUGCUGGGAUCAACAGCAGAGCAGAUCUCCUGAGCUGCUCCAUUGCAUUCACUGCACAGCCACAGUGCUGCUGCCACCAGCGGUGAUGCCCCAAGGGUGCCAUGACAGAGUGACUGCAUCAGAAACACCCACAUGCUGUGGGGUCAGGCUGCCUAGGACAGUUCAAUAAGGGCCUAUAGAGGGGAAAUGUGUCUGCAGGUCCCUGGCUGCACCAAACAGACCAUUGAGGGCCGUUUCCAGAUCAUCAUGACAACUACGGUCAACACAUAAUACCACAGUUGUCAGCUGAAUAAGCGUAUCUUGUCAUCUUAUGUGAAAACAACCUUUGGUGGAUCAUCUGUAGUCUCUUCUUACUACAGCUGCUUUGAAGUUUCAUCAUCCUUGUCAAGAUCUGGAAGUGCAGGCCAGGAUAUGGUAGUGCCCACAAAUCAGUAGUGGGAUGAAGAGAUGCUUUUGACAGGAGGCUUGAAAUCUCUCCUUCCCCAUGUGCUAAGAAGAAUAAUUCGAUGCAACAGACUGACUGUUAGUAACACUUCUGGAAUGGCGGAAGGCUAUAAACAGGCCAAUGUUGUGAUUUUGCACAAGUCCCUGGCUGAUGACUUUGAGAAAUUCUGCUAUGCAAACGAUGGACCCUUGCCACUGCUGCACAGAAGUCAACCAGGUGAUUGGAAAUGUCCUUCCCUGAGUAAUGAUUCUGAUAUCAGAACUGACUGCCUACAGUACAGAAAAUAUGAGCAUGGAGCUUGUACUGGAUCACUGAAAAGCCUUAAGGAGUAUUCUGAACAACUCAAGGACAUGGUGACUUUUUAUUUAGGCUGCAGCUUCUCUUUUGAAAAAGCAGUCCAAAAAGCUGGCAUUCCUAUAAGAAACGUUGAGCAAAGAUGUAAUGUAAGCAUGUACAAAACAUCUGUACCUUGCUACAGCGUUUCUAUGUUUCACUGCAACUUAGUAGUCACAAUGAGACCUAUUCCUGAAAGCAAGUUGGAAGCAGCUGUGCUAGCAACGUGUGAAUUAAAAGAAGCCCAUGGAGCACCAAUUCACAUAGGUGACCCUGGUCUGCUGGGAAUACAAGAUCUUUCUAAACCAGAUUAUGGAGAUCCAGUUCACCUUCACCCUGGUGAUAUUCCAGUGUUUUGGGCCUGUGGAGUAACAGGAGUAGAAGCAAUUAUCAACUGCAGUGCUCCAUUAGCUUUUACUCAUUCUCCUGGCUGCAUGUUCAUUACCGACCUGAAGAAUGACAAUGUCAGAUCCUUAGGAGGAGUCCCACAGGUCCACUGCAUCUCUCAAGAUCCUCUGCAUUUCAGUAUUGUGUCAGCAGAAGCAGCACAGAAGAUAAAGACUCUGGAGACUCUAAUUGGAAUAGAUCCAGGAGAGCGGGGCGUGGUGCACCUGCGGCGCCGGGGUGAGCUGCUGCGGGCCUGCCUGGCACUGUCCCACGCUGGCUCCGUGCUGAUAACCACGGGAUUUCCCACCCACUGCGCCCACGAGCCGCCCGAGGAGAACGACGGCCCCCCGGGAGCCCUUGCCAUCGCAGCCAUGCUGCAGGCCUUGGAGAAGCAGGUUGCCAUAGUUACAGAUCAGCGAGCCAUGGAUCUGAAUAAAAAGAUUAUAGAAGAAGCUGUUCAACUAGGAAUCCUGAAGAAACCCAUCCCUCUACUGAGUUAUCAAAGGCAAAAUGCUGAUUCAGCUUUAAUGUUUUUGUGUGAGAAUGGGAAUCCUGGAAGACCUAGAUUUGAUCACCUGAUAGCAAUAGAGCGUGCUGGGAUGGCUGCUGAUGGCAAUUAUUACAAUGCCAGGAAAGUUAACAUUAAACAUCUUGUGGAUCCCAUAGAUGAACUAUUUUUAGCUGCACAAACCAUUCCAGGGGUCACAACAACAGGUGUUGGAGAUGGAGGAAAUGAAUUAGGAAUGGGCAAAGUAAAAGAUGCUGUAAAGAAGCACAUAAAAAAUGGAGAUGUUAUAGCUUGUGAUGUUGAAGCUGAUUUUACUGUUGUAGCUGGGGUCUCUAACUGGGGUGGCUAUGCCAUUGCCUGUGCUCUGUCUGUGCUGCGCUCCUGUGAGAUCCAUGACCGCUACCUGCGCAGAGCCGUCGGCUUUCCACGGGCACCGAGCCAGAGGCUCUGGCUGCCAGCACUUCCGUCCGUCACCAAGGCUCUUGUUCAAGCAGUGUCAGGGCUGCGCUGCCAAACCCCAGAACUGUGGAGCUCUACCUUCCCACUGAACAGCAAACUCAGAUUGUUCUGUGCUCAUGGAUCAGCCUUUACACACAUCUUAGCGACAGAUGCUGCAAAGCAUUUGUUCCGUGGCGAGAACUGCAGGAGCAAGAAACAAUUGGACCUAAACAAUCAUUGCUUACCUUUACCUUUGCUUACCUACUAAUUUGAUUAUGGUAUUGGCUUGGCUUUUCAGAUGUUUGUAGUAUUGUUAUAUCAAAGUGACUGUAAUGAAAUUAAUUCAUUCAUACUUAUCCAAAUGUAGCUAAUGCUAAACAUCUUACGGUCAACUCUGCAUUUCAUUGCAUCUCACAAUCAGGUUAAUAUAUCAAUCAUUUGUUCUUUUACUGAACUCUUCAUUAAUGGCAGCGUAUUAACUGUAUCGUUUGGGGUUUUUUUUAAUGAUGACCUCUAAGAAUAUGAACUAUAUUAUAAAUAUAUGAAGGUGUGAUGUAUUUUUAGUAUGCUUUAUUACCUUUGCCAUUCAUAAGGAAGUUGUUCCCGUGAAUAAAGCACAAACUAACAAGGUAUUUUUCUAUUUUUCUGAUUAUUUUUUCUGGUUACUCCACUCCCAACAUAAUGAUUUACUAAAGAGAGAACUGUGGUCAAAUUGCAGCACUGUACAGCUAAGGAAGCGUGCUGUACAUUGUAUUUGCUUAUUACAAAUGGAAACAGUAGCAUUUGAUGACAAACUAUGGUUUAUCAGGCAUAGUUAUGUAGCAUUAAGCAAGCAAACUUUUUUACCUCAUAUAAGCAGAUCAGAGAGCUCUAAUAUGUAAAUACAUAGCAGAAACCAUUCAUUUUAGAGAUUACAUUUUGUGUAUCCAAUUUGGGCAUCUCUUUUGCGACACAGGAGAUCUCCUUUGUCCUUAAGCAUUUAGAUACACUCAGUGCUAAGAGAAACCUCUGUAGUGCAGAAAGAUCAGUUGUAUAUUUGCAUUCAUAUAUAUGAACAUUCAUAUGAUAUAAACUGAUGUAUAUUUAUAAUUUUAUAAAUUACAAAGUAGCAAAUUUCAUGCUACUAAUGUAUCCUGAUUAUUUCCUUACAUAGAUGCAUCACUGCUGACACCGUGUAACUAUGCAUAUUUCUCCUUUAGUAGAAAACCAGACCCUCAUUUAAUUUUGUUGCAGCUAAGAACUAGGAUGUUUUACCAGGAAAUAAAAGACAGAUCUUUAGAAAGUGCAUUCAGAAAGCAAGUUACAAAAUUAAACUGAAUUGGUCAUACAGGGCAUGCUUUGCUUCAUUCAGAAAUGAUUACAUUUUGACCAUGUACUCUAUUAUGUAAAAUACAACCAUAUUGUGUCUAAAUUCAGAUCUACAGCUCCUGUAUUCUUUGUGGUUUAGAAGUGUUCCUGGAAAAAGUCCUAACAUUUGAUAAGAGUAGAUAUUUUAACGUUAUAAUUUUUUUUUCAUGAUUCAUUUGUGUCCAGGAGAUAAAGAACUUUGCUGGAGUUUAUUGUGUGGUAAUGUCAAACAAGAAGUGUUAAAACCUAGAGAACUCUUUGUCAAGGACACUGGUAGGACUGUUCCAGUAGCAAUUUCCAUGCAAGUGGAAAUGGCAUGGUAGACAAAGACCAGAAAAGGCAUUCCUAGCAAAGAAAGGGAGGAAAAGAUAGGUAGGUGAGUGUUUCAAGGUCUUACAUAACUUAUCACCGGGUUGGCGUAGGGGAAGCUAGGAUUUUUGUUUUCUUGGAUUUUUAUUAAUAAAAUUCAAGAAAUAAAUUCUCAGUAUAGUAAAUGCUAAAAAAAUAGAAAGAGUUUUACUGUGUACAUUUCAUAACAAAUGAAAAGCAGAGCCGUUGAUGGCAGACAUGCGUCCACUUGAAACCAGAUCUUCAAAUAUCACUGUUCCCUGUGGUUUUUUCAGAGCUCAUUUUAUUCCAUCUUUUCAUCCCACAAUGCUAACUGGCCCAUAGCUCACAAAAAAGCAUUUUGUUCCCUCUGUGUACUUUUACAGCUGAACUUGGAACAUGCUUUGUUAUCUGCUUAUAUUAGUUAAGCAAGAAAAUAACUAGUUCUAAACAAAGUUUAUGCUA